AUGGCUAGGCGAUUAAUUUCGACGUAUAAAGAUGUACCCCGAGUAUGUGUAGUGGGAGCAGGACCUGCUUGUUUUUAUGCAGCAAUGCAUUUAAAUAAAAAACUUGAAACAGUUCAAAUUGAUAUAAUAGAAAAGUUACCUGUACCAUUUGGAUUAGUUCGAUAUGGUGUUGCCCCUGACCACCCAGAAGUUAAAAAUUGCAUUAAUCAGUUCACAAAAUUUGCUCAGCAACCAAAUGUAAAUUUUUAUGGUAAUGUAACACUGGGGACAGAUGUUAGCCUCAAACAAUUGAGACAAUAUUACGAUGCUGUUUUAUUGACAUAUGGUGCAGAAGAAGAUAAAGUUUUAGGUAUUGAAAAUGAGGAUGCAGGGAAUGUAAUAGCUGCAAGAAAUUUUGUUGGAUGGUAUAACGGUCACCCCCGAGAUAGAAACCUUACGGUGGAUUUAUCUGGUCACACAGCUGCAAUUCUUGGUCAGGGAAAUGUGGCUUUAGAUGUAGCUAGAAUACUGUUAUCCCCAUUGGAUCAAUUGAAAAAGACAGAUAUUACAGAGUAUGCACUGGAAUCUUUAAGAGAAUCAAAAGUUAAAGAUUUAUAUCUAGUAGGAAGAAGAGGCCCACUACAUGUUGCGUUUACGAUAAAGGAACUAAGAGAACAAAUUAAACUUAAAAAUUGUGCUACUGUUUGGAGAGAGGAAGAUUUUAUUGGUAUAUCUGAUGCUGUUAGUAGUUUACAAAGACCUAGAAAAAGACUAACAGAACUUAUGCUUUCAUCACUCGGUGAAACUAAACAAAAGCUUAGGGGUGAUAAUCAUACAUAUUUUAGACCUAUUUUUUAUAGAAGCCCACACAAAUUCUUGAUAAAUGAUCGAAGAUUGUUAAGUGGUAUUGAACUAACAUGUAAUAAAAUUAUAGGUGACAAAAUAGAGGAACAAAAAUGUGUUCCAACUGAAAGUAAAGAAAUUUUAAAUUGUAGUCUUGCAUUCCGUAGUAUUGGAUAUAAGAGUAUUAAUGUUGACAAUGACCUGCGUUUUUCCAAUGGUGUAGUAGUAAAUGACAAAGGCCGGGUAAUUGAUAAUGAAGACAGUGAUAAGGCAAAAGUAUAUGUAGCUGGAUGGCUAGGAACUGGACCUGUGGGAGUAAUAUUACAUACAAUGAGUAAUGCCUUUCAAGUUGCCAAAUUAAUAUGUGAAGAUUUACAAAAAAAUAAACGAAAAUCUUCCAGAGGUGGUUUCGAAGAACUAAGAAGAGAAAUUUUGGACAGAGCAAGUCCUGUUGUCACUUGGGAUGGCUGGGAAAAAAUAGAUAAAUUUGAAAUUGAAGAAGUUUGUGAAAAGGUUUUCACAAUGGUUGAGGAAAACUGGAACGAUGAUGGCGUGGAAGCGGGCAGCAUGGCUAUCGACAACAUGCCAUUGCCACAACCAGCUGACAUUCCCGAAAUUAAAUUAUUCGGAAGGUGGAGCUGUUAUGAUGUUCAGGUUUCCGAUAUGUCCCUGCAAGAUCACAUUUCUGUUAAAGAAAAGUUUGCUAAAUACUUGCCGCACUCGGCAGGUAGGUACGCACACAAGAGAUUCCGAAAAGCUCAGUGCCCUAUUGUUGAACGUCUGACCAACUCUCUGAUGAUGCAUGGUCGCAACAAUGGCAAAAAAUUGAUGGCUGUGCGUAUUGUCAAACACGCUUUUGAAAUCAUCCAUCUCCUGACUGGAGAGAACCCUCUUCAAGUACUUGUGACAGCUAUCAUUAACUCUGGACCUCGUGAAGAUUCUACUAGGAUCGGACGUGCUGGUACAGUGCGUCGUCAAGCCGUAGACGUAUCUCCUCUACGUCGUGUAAACCAGGCUAUCUGGCUGUUGUGCACAGGAGCACGAGAGGCAGCAUUCAGAAACAUCAAGACCAUUGCUGAAUGUGUCGCUGAUGAGCUAAUUAAUGCUGCGAAGGGCUCAUCAAAUUCAUAUGCUAUCAAGAAAAAGGAUGAGCUUGAACGUGUUGCUAAAUCCAACCGU